AUGAAGCUCCUUUACCCCACCUCCGUCAAACUCGACAUCCAAAGCCUCCAAGGCUUCUCCGUCACCCUUCACCCCUACGAUGUGAAAGAGCCAAUCCCGGAGGAUUUGAUUGACGCCGAAAUCCUCGUGACCUGGUCCAACGCUGCCUCAAACCUCCAAGAUGCCGCAAAGCGCAUGAAGAACAUCAAAUGGAUUCAAUCUCUCGCAGCAGGCCCCAAUGACGUGUUGAACGCCGGAUUCGACCGUUCAAAGAUCAUAGUGACGACCGGUGUAGGUCUGCAUGAUGGACCAGUCGCCGAGCACGCGCUCGGCCUCCUCCUAACCGGAGCUCGCCGAUUCUUCGAGAUGCGCGAUUACCAACUUCAAUCUAAAUGGCCCGGCCACCUUGGCGGUUCAUUCCCCCGCAGCGACUUUACUACACUGCGGAAUUCCCGCGUGUUGAUCUGGGGCUUUGGUAGUAUUGCUAAGAAGCUUACUCCUUACCUCACUGGUCUUGGUGCUGAGGUUAAGGGUAUUGCUCGCAGCCAUGGUGUGCGCAAUGGCGUUGAGGUUUUCAGCGAAGAUAAGCUUGCUGAGCUCUUGCCUCAGACUGAUGCGCUUGUCAUGAUCCUGCCUGGGUCCGACUCAACUAAUAAUGCUCUGAAUGCCGAGAGACUCAAGUUGUUGCCUAAGCAUGCUUGGCUCGUGAAUGUUGGCCGUGGAACAUCUGUUGAUGAAGAAGCGUUGGCGGAUGCGCUGGAGAACGGUGAGAUUGCGGGUGCUGCUCUUGAUGUGUUCAAGACUGAGCCUCUUCCUGAGUCGAGUCGGUUGUGGAAGACGCCUAACUUGGUUAUUUCUCCUCAUGCGGCUGGCGGAAGACCUGAGGGUUGCACUGAGUUCAUUGCGGAUAACUUGCGCCGCUACUUGGCUUCGCAGCCGCUCAAGAACGUCAUCUGA